GGCGGCGAUGUCUCAUGACUACAUCUCAUUAUGAGUCAAGCGAUACUGCUAUUAACUGCGAGACGAUCCGCGAAACAGAUUGAUGCCGAACCGCAAAUAAGUUUAUAAAUUAGCGUCUAUUUUGUCCUCACCUAUGUUACGUUUAGAACGCCUAGAAAUUUAUGUUUCUUGACUCGAUUAACAACAUUCGGGAUUCUAUGGUGAGGGAACCGAGCGCAGGAAGAAAAAGGAACCGUCACGGAAGCUGCCAAAAGUGGACGACGGAGCCUUUUCAUCUCGACAACCGGAUACUCCUGCCUCGUGAUUAUAUUUGCAUCUCUUCCUGUCGUCUUGAAGGAUCAUAUACAUUCAUUGGCUUGGUUUGAAGAUAAUACCAAAGGUGUCGCUAGAAAACUGAGAGGAAACAACCGAUAUCUAGGAUGAACCACUUAUCCUUCAGCGAGCUUUGUUGCCUCUUCUGCUGCCCGCCUUGCCCCAGUAAGAUCACGGCCAAGCUGGCCUUCCUCCCCCCAGAGCCUACCUACAGUCUGAUGUGCGACGAGAGCGGCAGCCGCUGGACGCUGCACUUGUCCGAUCGUGCCGACUGGCAGUACUCAUCUCGUGAGAAGGAAGCCAUCGAGUGUUUUAUGACGCGCACCUCCAGGGGCAACCGCAUCGCUUGCAUGUUUGUCCGCUGCUCGCCCAGCGCCCGCUACACGCUGUUGUUCUCCCACGGGAACGCGGUGGACUUAGGCCAGAUGAGCAGCUUCUACAUUGGUCUGGGUUCCCGGAUCAACUGCAACGUCUUCUCAUACGACUACUCCGGUUACGGCGCCAGUUCCGGGAAACCCUCCGAGAAGAAUCUGUACGCUGAUGUGGACGCCGCCUGGCAGGCGCUCCGCUCCCGGUAUGGCAUCCGUCCAGAAAGCGUGAUUGUGUACGGCCAGAGUAUUGGUACGGUGCCUUCUGUGGACCUGGCCUCUCGCUACGAGAGCGCCGCAGUGAUCCUGCACUCCCCACUCACCUCCGGUAUGAGGGUGGCCUUCCCUGACACCAAGAAGACUUACUGCUUUGACGCCUUUCCCAACAUCGACAAGAUUGCCAAAGUGACUUCGCCGGUGCUGGUGAUCCAUGGCACGGAUGAUGAGGUCAUCGACUUCUCCCACGGACUGGCACUGUACGAGCGCUGCCAGCGCCCCGUAGAGCCGCUGUGGGUGGAAGGAGCAGGACACAACGACGUGGAACUCUACGGACAGUACCUAGAGAGACUCAAGCAGUUCGUCGCGCACGAGCUGGCGCAGUUUGCCUCUGCGGAAGUGCCGGUGGUAAAAUUUUGAUGAUAAACCACCUCUCCUACUUGGAGCUCCACUUCACGCCGGUCCAUUCUGCUGCAACUGUGAACUUUGAAUACACAAAUUUAUUGUUUUUCCUGUUUGGACUUUUUUUUAACAUGUUGCGCAAUUGCACAAUGCUACGGUAUGCGAAUGCAAGAGGAAGUAGACGACAUAAUGCGUGAAGUGGAUCCUGUGUGACAUUUUUUGCUGCCUUUUACAAAGGAUGCCGUCCUCACUUGUCAAAGGAGACCUCUGAGCAGGCUGCAAGGGUGCUGACAUUCUCACUAACAGCCUUGAUCCAAACUGGAAGGCACUCUCCAAUCCAACUCAUGUUGACUUUUUAUUUUGUAUCAUUGCAGUAUGUAUACAGGAUAUUUGCACAUAUCAAUUGUCACUGAAGAACUGUGAGACAAACUGCUGUGCUGAUCGGUGUUGCCAAAUGUUUAGUAGAAUAUAUCGCAACGAGACGGGCUCUACACUUUAUCGUGUUGCCUCCUCAGAUCUCGCUUGUAAUUUGAUCAUGCAAUGUCGUUAUUCUCAGAUUAGCAUCACUAUGCAGACGUCAGUUUCAAAGAAUUGUCUCUUGAGAAGAACGUGUCAAGAUGAUUCCUCAUUCUCUUUUGUUAACUUUUAGCGUCUUCGAGAAUCCAUAGCUACAGCUUAUAUUGAAGAUAUUGCUUGUAUAUCUAUUUAAAAAAAAAAAAAAAAACUUUUUGAAUAUGUUAAAGAUGUAUACCGCUAAUGCCCAUCCAGGCCGAGAUUGGUGCCUGGAGUCCUUAUUUAUUUUCAGUUCAGGAAGAUUAUAGAUUAACUAUUUUUUUUGACCACACUUACUAACUCGCCAUGUGUGUACCGUAUUUUUCAGAGUAUCAGUCGCAGCAGUCAAAUGUUUCACGAAGAACAAAAAAACAUGUCCUCCUCCAUUAUGAAUUGAGUUUAUUUUACAGAAACUGAGACCAACAACAGACAGUUCAUCUUGAGUUUGAAGUUUUAACCUUUUAUAGGGCUAUUAUGUAAGUAGUUAGCCGCCAUUGACGAAGCUAGACGUCCAAUUCAUAUUGAUUGGGAGGGUCAAAUAAACGAAUAUUUGAUUUAUAAAAAUAGAGUUGUCCAGUAAUCUGAUUCAGAUAUCAAACCGACACGGUUGGGUACUUAACGUGUUAUUGCUAAUUGCAUUGUGAUGCCCCACUGGAGGCGUAAAUAACGAUAAUGCUCACAUAAAAAAUCCCAAGCAUCUUGGUUUGGAAACAUCUAAUGGUCAAUAAGCAUAACUGCUGUGCUAAGCCGUGACCAGCACCUGUGCAAAGGCAGAAUAAAAUAAACAUUGUGAUAAAUAAGCAAACCUCAACUGAAGUUACAGUGGGGAGAACAAGUAUUUGAUACACUGUCAAUGGGUUUUCCCAUUGGCAGUGUAUCAAAUACUUGUUCUCCCCACUGUAUAUAAAAUGAAUGUCCCAUAUAAAUAAUAUAAAUUGAAAUGAGCCACAAAAAUGUCCAUGAAUAAAUAAAAGGAAUCAUUCAAAAUUACAUUAUGUAUACAGUAAUCACCCCAAAGAACCACUAGGGGAUGACGAUCAAGGCAGGCAGGCAAUCAUUGGACAUGCCAAUUAAAUGACAAUUCCCAAGCUGCAAUAUGCUUUUGCGCAGAUUUUUGUAUUUUAUUACUUUUAUAGUUUUUGUGGUGACUAUUUGUUUCUGGUAACGCAGUAGUUAUAUGUAAUAAGUUUGUAAUUCACACAGACUUCAUAAUGUAUUGACGGGACACAGGCCCCCUAUGAAUCAGCCCCAUCUCCGUCAAAGCUGACCAAGUGGAAACACAGACAAAUAGCUUAUUCCGAUGAAAGUUCUUGUGAAUAAAUGCUUAAAUCCCUGAAUUCUUUAUAGAUAUGGACACAAGACCGUCUCGAUUCUUGGUUAAAAGCAAAAACAACAUGCAGGUAGCAUUUAUUUUCUGUAAAUAUUGCGAACUAUGAGGCUAGUCAGGAAAUUAGCGGCCGCCAUAUGUAAACAAAGAGCUUUUUCCGUUGAAAAUUCUUGUGAAUGAAUGCUUAAAUCCCUGAAUUCUUUCUUUAUUGAUAUGGACAUAAAAGUCCCGAUUCUUGGUUAAAAGCAAAAAACUGUGCCGGUAGCAUUUUUUUUUUUUUUUCAACAUAAAUAUUGCGAACUAUGAGGCUAGUCAGUAAGGAAAUUAGCGGCAGCCAUAUGUAAACAAAGAGCUUUUUCCGUUUAAAAUUCUUGUGAAUAAAUGCAAAAUCCCUGAAUUCUUUAUAGAUAUACAUGUAAAAGAGUCAAUUCUUGGUCAAAAGGAAAAAAAAAACGUGCAGGAAGCAUGUAUUUUACAUAAAUAUUGCGAAGUAUAAUGCCAAUGCUGUAGCGGCUAAUUUCUCCCAUUAAUUUUUUUCUCAACAUUUCAAAAUGCAUGCAAGGUACGAAAAAUAUAAUAAUUACCUUGGAUCCUCGAAAAAAUCACUCCUGAAACAAUCCUUCCUGUUUGUAUGCAGUACAGCUUUCGUACUUUUUCAACCUAAAUCCGGCGUUAGAUCGCUGCAUGUGACCGACUGCUAAUGAAGCGGUGUGUUGGAUGGCAAUGAAUGAGGAAUGUGUCGUGUCAAGACAUUAUGAAGUCUAUGUAAUUCAUUAUUUUUCAAUAUUUUAUUGUUCAUUUAAUACUUGCACCAUGCUUUGUCUGCUUACAUAACAAAAUCCCAAGCUUCUUAGUUUAGAAAUGUCUAAUGGUAAAAAAGUAUAACUGACGUACUAAGCUGUGACAAACCUUGUACAAAGGCAGAAGGCUUGUACAUUCAUUUUUAAGGAAACAACAUGCAUAUAGGCCCAAAACCGUUCGCGAAAUGCCGAUGUCAAUAUUAUCCGAAAUCAUUUUAAAUGCUUUUAUUAGCCGACAUGAUCGGCCACCAGAUAAUAAUUAAGACCUGGUGUCCAGGUAACCGGAUGUCCCAUUUUGGGUCAUAUAGGCCACACUUGAACACCAAAUGUUAAUAUUGUGGCCUACAUGACCCAAAAGGUAAUUUCCACGUAUAGUAUGUGGCUGCCAGGUCUUUAAGUUCUUUCAUAGUUUUUUUUUAAUUGCCAAAAAAUUAUCAUUUGCCCUAUAAAUGUUUAAAAACAAAUGGAUAAAGAACAAUAGGCUUAGUAGGCUUGCAAUAUGCUAAUGUAAAAUGUUAACAUGAUCACUCAGCUACACAAUGCGUACACUGCAGAACACAUUCCUUCUUGAACAUGUCAGUCAGAGUGAAAUACCAUUUAAAACCUAUUAACUUUGACGUUGUAAUGGAUACAUUCAAACUUGAGUGGAAGCCACAGGACAAUCUGAACUAUGGAGGAGGGAAAAAAAGUGACUUAUAGUUCUAAAAAUACAGUCCACAGAUUAUAACGUCAUAGCUCGGCGUUAAAAGGCCCUCAUUUUCCUUUCACUCGCUUGCCUGCAUGCCAUUUCUGGGUCCAUUGUUGAUGGUUUACUUGCCCUUUUAUUGCUGAGUGAAGCCAUUUCAAUGUACUAAUGACUCUAUUUACUAUCAGAGAUGAGAUAAGCAAAUGUCAAUGUUCACACAAUGUCAUUCCCUCCUUGUUUUUGGUCUACAAGCCGUAAUGUAUGACGUUGGACCGUAUUGAGGCUGUGUGUGGUAGCAUCACAUCGACUGAUUGGUCCUGUGUUUUUCCUUUGAAAAAAGUACCAUUCAUUUUUUUCUGUUUAAGAUGACACCUUUGUGCACUUUGUAUAUAGGAAUAUAUUAUGCCUGUGCUUUUUGUUCCUCUAAAAAGCAGUUGCCAUCUCUUAUACUGGAUUUGAUGUCAGAUCAAGGUACAGUCCUCAAUGUUUUAUACUGCUCUGAUUUUUUUUUUUGGGGUACCACAUAUUUCGAUACGAAUGGAACUCAAACUGUAAUGACAAUAUUAACUUCAGCGACUCAAAUGUGGAUAGCGAAAAUAAAAUGUUCAUUUAGAAGAA